CUAAACUAAAUCAAAACAAAUAACAGCUUGUAUGUAUUUUCAUUGUAUCUGCUGUAUCUUUGGUGGAAGUUGUACGGAGUAAAAGAAAGUCGCCGAAAGGAGAAAGGGACAUAGAUAUAAAUUAUACGAACUCAACAAACGAAGGAGAACGGGGAAAAAAGAAAUUCCCCAAUUUCAGUUCAAAUUAUUUUUUAGUCGCAAGUAAUGCGAAUUGAGAAACGAAGAACCAGAAUUCUUCCAACGCUGCCAUUAAAGUCGAUCGCGAGCUCUUGCUGGAUUCCGAUUCAUUGAUUUGUUGUUGAUUUCACCGUUUUGGUUAUACAGGUAAUCGUUUCUAGAUCUCGUUGAUAGCUGAUAGUGAUCAAUAGUUUGUCUUAAUUGAUCGCUUUUUGAUUGUUUAUUUGUUUCUGUUGAUUGUGGUUAUGAUUUGAAGAAAAUUCAAAUCCAAGAAGGCGGAUUUUGUUUGUCGUUAGGUGAUUUUAUUAAUUAAAGGCUGCUGCAUUAGGGACAUUGGAAGAUUUGAAAUCAGCCAUAGAUAUGCAUUUUAAAUAAUUAAAGGCUGCUACAUUAGGUGUUCAAUCACGAGAUCCAUUAAUGGAAAACUUAAUCAAGCAUCGACUAUUAUCAGUCGCCAUUUUCAUUCUCAUAAAUCUUCACAUCACCAUUGCUGAUCUGAGCUCCGAUACUGAAGCUCUCCUUAAGUUCGCUUCAUCAGUGCCACACCUCAGAAAACUCAACUGGGAUUCCACUCUCCCGAUUUGCAGUUCGUGGUUUGGAGUUAAAUGCAACGACGCCGGAACACGUGUCACCGCCGUUCAUCUCCCCGGCGUCGGACUUUACGGCCGGAUUCCGCUAAAUACCAUCGGAAAACUAGACGCACUCAAAAUCCUCAGUCUCCGAUCGAACUUUCUCACCGGGAAUCUUCCUUCAGAUAUUCCGUCUAUUCCUUCUCUUCAAUCUCUCUACCUUCAACAUAAUAACUUCUCCGGUAACAUUCCUCUUCCUCUUUCCCCUAAAAUAACUGUUCUAGAUCUCUCCUUCAAUUCCUUCUCCGGUAACAUUCCGGCGGCGAUUAAAAAUCUCACUCGUCUCACCUCAUUGAACCUCCAGUUCAAUUCGUUUUCCGGCGCCGUUCCCGAGCUUAACGUCACUAGGUUACGACUCCUAAACGUUAGCUACAACACCUUAACCGGUUCAAUCCCUGAAUCCCUCCAGAAAUUUCCAGUUUCUUCAUUCGAAGGGAACUCAUUCUUAUGUGGACAACCUCUGAGUCUAUGUUCAUCUUCUUCUUCUUCUUCUCCGAUCAGUCUCCCAUCUCCGGCGAAACAUAAGAAACUCAGUACCGGAGCUAUCAUCGGAAUCGCAAUAGGAGGAUUGUUUGUACUAAUACUACUCGCUAUCUUCUUCGUUUGUUGUUUGAAGAAGAAAAACGACGAAGAUUCAGUCCGUUCAUUGAAAGUCAAAGCAGUGACGGCUGGGAAAAAUGAAAAGUCCGAUGACUUUGGAAGCGGAGUUCAAGCGGCGGAGAAGAAUAAGUUGGUUUUUCUCGAUGGAAGUGGCUAUAACUUCGAUCUUGAAGAUCUGUUGAGAGCGUCGGCGGAGGUUCUCGGAAAAGGAAGCUAUGGGACGGCGUAUAAGGCGAUUCUGGAUGAAGAAACGACGGUGGUGGUGAAACGGAUUCGAGAAAUUGGGGUGGCGAAGAAGGAAUUUGAGCAGCAUAUGGAGUUUGUAGGGAGGAUCGGAAAACACCCGAAUAUUGUUCCGGUGUGCGCUUAUUACUUCUCCAAGGAUGAAAAGCUUCUUGUUUACGAGUAUAUGUACUCCGGCAGCCUCUCCUCACUCCUACACGGUAACAGAGGCAUAGGAAGAACACCAUUAAAUUGGGAUUCAAGAGUGAAGAUAUCACUAGAAUCAGCAAAAGGAAUCGCUCAUAUCCACUCAGAAGGAGGCGCGAAAUUCAGCCAUGGAAACAUCAAAUCAUCAAACAUUCUUCUCACCAAACACCUCGAGGGUUGCGUAUCGGAUCUAGGGUUAGCUCCAUUGAUGAACUUCCUCCCAACAAAAUCCCGAUUCAUUGGAUACUACGCUCCGGAGGUAAUCGAAACCCGAAAAUUCACACACAAAUCCGAUGUUUACAGUUUCGGAGUCCUGCUUCUUGAGAUAUUGACCGGAAAAGCUCCACUUCCGCUCCCGUCGUCCAGUCAAGAGGAGGUGGUUGAUUUGCCGCGGUGGGUCCGGUCGGUGGUCCGGGAGGAAUGGACGGCGGAGGUGUUUGAUGUGGAAUUAAUGAAGGAACAACAUGUGGAGGAGGAGAUGGUGCAGAUGCUUCAGAUUGGGCUUGCAUGUGUGACUAGGGUUCCGGAUAUGAGACCGUCGAUGGAGGAAGUUGUUAGGAUGAUUAGUGAUUUACGGCCGUCGGAAUCUUCUGAUAAUCGGCCGUCGUCGGAGGAUAAUAGGUCUAAUGUGGCUACUCCCUGA